AUGGCAUCGUCGGGAAUGACCUUCAGCGCUGGCACCAAGGAUCAUGAUGGUCCUGUGGCUUCAACAUCCGCAGCUGCGUCUGCUCCUGCAGAGGAUGCCUGCCUGUAUUGCAAGAAGGAACGGCGGAUGUACGAGACAGACGGGUGUGGGCAUGAAGCUGCAUGCAAAAAGUGUGCAAUGAAGACGGCAACCGGAGGCAAAUGCAAGGUCUGUGGGCAACUCUUCGCUGGUUGGCGGCAGAUGUGA